AUGGUUUUCGCUGGUCGAUUGCAGUUGAAGUUCAGAGUUUGGCUUCUUGUCGUUUUUGCCAGACUUGUAUCAGCUGGAUGUAGUGCUCCUCCCAUUCCUAUACGCAUUGGAAACGUGACACUGUCGACAGGAGAAACAGCUCGAGGUUUAGAUUUAUCCGUUGGCAACCCGGAACAACACUUUGCCUUUCUACCUCAAUGGCCACUCAAUAAUUCCUUCAUUUAUGGAACCGAUGGGUUCUGUGGUUCCAGCUGGUCUACCGCGGCUUGUACGACAUUUCGUGGUGGUUCAUAUAAUCAAUUUGCAUCCAAAAGCCGCGGAGUCCCUGCCACCAAUUCCUACCCCUCAGACGCCUCUCCAUAUCCGCAAAUGAAUAUGGUAUCGGAAAACAUAACACUGAGUUCAAACAUGAGUGUUUUAGAAUUCCCAAUCGGAAUUGCCAAAGCAGAUUGGGCGGAACAGGGUUAUUAUCCACAGAUGGCCAUGGGACUUGGUGCGAACUCCACGAUCCUCAAUACCCUUUACUCAUCAGGACAAAUUGCAUCUCGGACGUGGUCCAUGUUUUGGGGUCGAACUGGCGCAACGGCAGCAACUCAACUAGAUGGCGGUUUUAUCUUUGGGGGUUAUGAUCGUGCAAAGGUUACUGGAGCAAAUUAUACUCGCACCCUCACUUACUCCAGGACAGCGUGUUCCUCUGGAAUGCUUGUCACAAUCACGAACUUGGUGCUUAAUUUUCCAAACGGAACCGAUGCUAGUAUGUUCGGUGGAAUUGAAUCCGACGCUAUUCAAGCAUGCAUUGAGCCAAGCUAUCCAGUUUUAUUGACACUUCCCACUAAUCCUUAUUUUAUCAAUUUCGAGCAGCUCACCAACGGAGACUUAAUCGAUAGAUCGUUUGGGACAUACUAUUAUGGCAUGCUCUAUGGUCAAGAUACAACACCGUAUACCGGCGAUUUGACUAUCGAGCUAGAUUCUGGAAUAUCCGUCCGCAUACCUAAUGAUCAACUUGUGGUUCCUAACCUCACAGUCGACCACACUUCAGGCGCCAUGAUUGCAAACGCGUCACAACCCGAACUUGUCCUCAAUGCAAUUCAAGCAGGGAAUUCCAACGAUCUUCCGCAUCUAGGGCGUCAGUUCCUCACCGCCGCUUACCUGAUGCUCAACCAAGAUGCAAUGACAUUCACACUCUGGCAAGCCAAUCCUACCGAAAAUGAGGAUCUUGUGGCUGUUGAUGUCAGGAAUAAUGCUAUGAACGAUUUCUGCAAUUCACCUUCUACACCGAAUAAUAAUAGUGCCAACGGUGAAUCGGGAAAUUCGAGUAGCACUUCGUCAUCUUCCACCCCGGCCAACACUUCGACCACAAAUAAUAAAAAAUCCGGAACUUUGUCGACAGGGAUUCUUAUAGGUGUGGCAGUUGGAUCUGUCGCCGUGAUUGCAUUUAUCGCAGGAAUCGCCGCUUGGUGUAUUUUGCGAAGGAGGAGAAAUAAGGUUGCCGCUGCUGCUGCAAUUGCUGCCAAUGUGUCCGAGAAACAUCGAACCGGAUAUUCACAAAGUCAUCAGGAUCAGAUCCGGAUUCCCCAUUAUAUUCCGCAAGAAUUGCAUGCUAAAACAGUCCCUGUCGUCGCAUGGCAUGAAUUGCAUGCUAGAGCAGUUCCCGCCACCCAACCCCAAGAAUUGCCUUGA